AUGUUAUGGGCCGAUCAAAUCGGCAUUAAACGUCAUGGCGUUACUGUUUCCGAAUGCGACGAAGUCGGCGGUUUAGGGCUACAGGCUUCGAAAGAGAUCAAGGAAGGAGACAGGUGUGUGACAGUGCCGAGACAUGCCAUGAUUUCUGUUGAUCUCGCGAGAAAAUCCGCAAUUCUCAAGAAGCUGUUUGAAAGCGAGGUCAUUGUCCAGAACAUGGCGAAUGUCGGUCUGGCUCUUUUCAUCUCCGCCCAUCGAGUAAAAUCUGAUUCAAAAUGGGCGCCGUAUCUCAACGUGCUUCCUAGUUCCUAUACAACUCCGUUGUUUUAUUCGGAAGAAGAGUUGCAGCUUCUGAAACCAUCUCCAGUCUUCGAAGAAGCUCUUCUGUUCUACCGCACUGUUGCUAGGCAGUUCGUUUACUACUUACUUAUGGUCGGUCGUAACGACGUCUAUGACAAUACAAGUCGUAGAGAACGAGCGGGAGCUCAGCCUCCAUUGCUGUACAACUCUCCUUUUACUGUGGACAACUUCACCUUUUCACUGUAUAGAUGGUCCGUUGGAACGGUGACAACGCGAAUAAACCUAAUCCCAAGUGAGACAGCCAGAGCUCCUGAUGGUACCAAGAAAAUGGUACCGGCACUCAUCCCUAUGCUAGAUAUGGCGAAUCAUGAAGUGGUGAUGGGAACUGAAGAUCUAGGAGAAGCCGUUUCCUACUGUUCUGAAAGUGACUGUGCAGAGAUACUUGCCACAAAGAAUGUGGCACCUGGUCAAUGGGUGAGCAUGUUUUAUGGUAGGCGAUCUUCUGCUGAUCACUUGCUGCACAAUGGUUUCGUGCCCGCUGGCGAAAAUCCUUUCGACAGUUACAAGCUGAAAAUCAGUCUGGGACGAUCAGAUAAGAACUUCAAAGAGAAACAAAAGUUGUUCUCUGAAAUGGGCUUUAGUGAGACUUCAAAUGUUUACCUGUACGAUAUUGGAAUUGGUCCGAGCCCUUUCCAUCCUUCUAUGGAAAAAUUUGCACGGAUCUAUACCUCCGAUAUGCCCGCUAUAGCGAUAUCCGACCCAGCUACUCUGGGUAAGGCUGUCGAAUUUCUCAAAAAUCGUUUCGCUAUACUAGAACGCUCCUAUGGACCUAUAAAUGAAGGCAAAACAUUGAAUGAGAAGAACAUAGCUCUGCUGAAAAAGGCAGAACUCGGGCUAUUUGAAAAAAUGGCGGGCCAA